CCCAAAUCAAACUUAUUACAAGGACCGUAUUUUAACCUAGACUCGAUUUAAUUUGUAUAUGGGUACGAGUAGCGAGGAGUGAGUAGUAGUAAUAUAUUCCGAUGAAGAUUGGGGGUUGAGGUGUGUUGGGGUUGUGUUGUGUUGUGUUGUCCGCCUGUUGGUCCAUUGGGGGUCGCGCCCACCCCUCACGAGCCUUCCUUCCUUCAUCUCCACACCACUUGUAUUCGCUGUACUAUUUUUAUGCUUCCACCUAUCAUCUCUCUCCCUCUUUCUCUUUCUCUUUCUCUUUCACAAAUCACUCCCACUCGCAACCUUUCACCCAAUCACCAAUGCUCAGAUUCUUCAUCCAUUCACUAUUUGUUAAUCCUUAGCCCUUUUCUUCAUCCCCAAUCGCAGAAUUUAAGAUACACAGACCUUGAUUUGAUUCAAAACAAAUAUGAAACGAGAUUACCCACAACAGAAUUACACUUUCUUUAAUGGCGCCAGUUCCAUUUCAGCUGCUGCUGGUAGUGGUAGUGGUAGUAGUGGUGCUGGGUUUUCGGAUUUGAGGUCGGAGGUCACCGGGAAAUCUAAGAUGUGGGAUGAAGAACAAGAUGCCGGCGUUGAUGAGUUGUUAGCGGUUCUUGGUUACAAAGUUAAGUCGUCUGAUAUGGCUGAUGUCGCGCAAAAGAUCGAGCAUCUUGAGGGGGUUUUGGGUAACGAUGAUGGGUUGUCUCAGCUCGCCUCCGAUUCUGUUCAUUAUAACCCUUCCGAUCUAUCGUCGUGGCUUGAGUCCAUGAUUUGCGAGCUUAACCCCACCGUUCAACCGCUCGAUGAUUCAUUUGUCAAUGGUGUUACUCCCACCGGAACCACCGCUGUAACCUCGUUGGCUGUCGACUCCUCUUCUGGAUUCGUGGAUGAUCUUCAAGCGAUCCCUGGAAACGCGAUUUACCCUCCGACCAAAAAACAAAAACCCUCGUCUCCAUCAUCUGGAGCUUCCUCCUCGUACCAGCCGAACCCGAUAGUCCUCGUCGAUUCACAGGAAAACGGGAUCCGACUUGUUCACACUCUGAUGGCUUGCGCCGAAGCCGUCCAGCAAGACGACCUCAAAGUCGCAGAGACCUUGGUGAAACAAGCUGGAAUUUUAGCCGUGUCUCAAGCCGGCGCCAUGAGGAAAGUCGCGACGUAUUUUGCCGAAGCCCUUGCUCGGAGAAUUUAUCGGCUAUGCCAUAAAACGCCACAAGAUUCGCCGGCGUUCCAAGAUCUUCUUCAGAUGCACUUUUACGAAACUUGCCCUUACCUCAAAUUCGCCCAUUUUACAGCAAAUCAAGCCAUAUUAGAAGCUUUUGCAGGUAAGAAGCGGGUUCAUGUGAUCGAUUUUAGCAUGAAACAAGGUAUGCAGUGGCCGGCUUUGAUGCAAGCUUUGGCUCUUAGACCCGGUGGUCCGCCUACGUUUCGGUUAACCGGAAUUGGUCCACCUUCAGGUGAUAAUACGGAUCAUUUGCAGGAGGUGGGUUGGAAAUUGGCUCAAUUGGCUGAUACAAUUCAUGUGGAGUUUGAGUACAGGGGUUUUCUUGCUGAAAGCCUGGCUGAUCUUGAACCGGCGAUGCUUGAUUUAAGAGAAGGAGAAGUUGUUGCAGUUAACUCGGUUUUUGAGUUGCAUCAAUUGUUGGCCAGACCGGGGGCCGUCGAGAAGGUUUUGUCGGCGGUGAAGGAGAUGAAGCCGGAGAUUUUAACGGUGGUGGAGCAAGAAGCUAAUCAUAACGGACCGGUAUUCUUAGAGCGGUUCACCGAGUCUUUACAUUACUAUUCCACCCUUUUUGACUCGCUUGAGAGCAGCGGCAACGGCGGCGGAGGUGUGGACGGUGGUGGUAUUGCGGCGGCGAGUAAUCAAGAUAAGAUUAUGUCUGAGGUGUAUUUGGGAAAGCAGAUCUGUAACGUGGUUGCGUGUGAAGGACCAGACCGAGUUGAACGGCACCAGACGUUGACUCAAUGGAAAACCCGAUUCGAGUCGUCUGGGUUUGAAGCGGUUCAUCUGGGUUCCAACGCUUACAAGCAAGCUAGUAUGUUGUUGGCUCUGUUCGCCGGCGGCGACGGCUACAGAGUGGAGGAAAACAACGGUUGUUUGAUGUUGGGUUGGCAUACUCGACCGCUGAUCACCACGUCGGCUUGGAAGCUCCGAUGAUGUGGAGCGAGUUGACUCAGAAGGAAAAAGAAAUUGCUGAGUUGAUGUACCAACAUAUGGGUCAAUCAAGGAUAAAAAUGGUUAGGAGAGCGAUUUGAACAGGUGAAACGAACAUAUAUGUGUAUAAAUAUGUGUGCGAUGAAUUGAAUAUUAGGUAUGUUACUUUAGUUUUGUUAUUAAUUAAGGAACAAGUAUGAGUUUGAAUUC